UUAGGAAACCAAACAUAAAAACUCCCCAAAAAGAACCUCUAGCAAACAAGGGUUUAUGGAGGGCUUUUGAGACUCCAUUUCGUUCUCCUUAGUUCCUCACACUGAUCAUUUGUAUAGCUCUAAUUUAUCAUCUUCUUCCAGAAAAACCCUAAUUCAAAGUCAAUUCACAAUUGAAUUUCUCAUCCCCAAAUGUUGAAGGUUUUAUCAUAUUCAUGUCGAUUCCAGAAUGUUCUCGCCCCUCAUUCCCUGCCGGCCGCCGUAACUCGGAGCUGCACCGAGUCAACUUCGCCGUUGCUCCGAGCUCUGAACUCAUUUCGCAGUUCCAAUUACCCUAAACCUUACAUAUUCCGUGCAUUCUGCUCCGAUUCUUCCUCUUCCGACGGGUCUGACUCGUCGUCUAGUGACGGUGGAGCUGCUGUGAAGGCCGCCGUUGGGGAAGUCGAGGAUGCUGAUGCCAUUUCUCCCAAUGCGAUUCUCCCCACCGUGUUUCGCCCCGAUGAGUGUUUUACGGUUGUGGCAUUACCGCUUCCUCACCGUCCGCUAUUUCCUGGAUUUUACAUGCCAGUCAAUGUAAAGGAUCCCAAGCUGUUAGCAGCUCUAGCAGAAAGUCAAAGAAGGCAAGCCCCUUAUGCUGGUGCCUUCCUUGUCAAAGACGAGCCGGAUUCUGACACAGAGAAGAAUAUUUAUGAUCUUAAAGGACAAGAACUUCUAAAUCGAUUGCAUGAAGUUGGGACAUUGGCCCAGAUUACAAGCAUCCAGGGAGACCAGGUUAUUCUUGUUGGUCAUCGCAGACUUCGUAUAACAGAGAUGGUGAAUGAGGAUCCUCUAACUGUCAAAGUCGAUCAUCUCAAGGAUUUGCCAUAUGACAAAGAUGAUGAUGUCAUUAAAGCAACGUCGUUUGAGGUCAUAUCUACUAUAAGGGAUGUCUUGCAAAGAAGUUCGCUCUGGAGGGAUCAUGUCCAAACAUAUACAAAGCAUAUUGGUGAUUUCAAUUAUCCUAGGCUAGCAGAUUUUGGAGCAGCUAUAUCUGGGGCAAACAAGGUUCAAUUACAGCAAGUGCUUGAAGAUCUAGACGUGCUCAAGCGCUUACAACUAACCUUGGAAUUGAUGAAGAAAGAAGUAGAAAUCAGUAAGAUUCAGGAAACCAUCGCAAAAGCUAUUGAGGAGAAAAUUAGUGGUGAGCAACGCCGUUAUCUUCUGAAUGAGCAGCUAAAGGCCAUAAAAAAGGAGUUGGGACUUGAAACAGAUGAUAAAACAGCACUUACUGCAAAGUUUAGGGAAAGGAUUGACUUAAACAAAGAUAAAAUCCCGGAGCACGUUAUGCAAGUCAUAGAAGAAGAACUUACAAAGCUCCAACUGUUGGAGGCCAGCUCAAGUGAAUUCAACGUCACCCGCAACUAUCUUGAUUGGUUGACAGCAUUGCCUUGGGGAAAUUACAGUGAUGAAAAUUUUGAUGUUAGUCGCGCACAAACGAUACUAGACGAAGACCACUAUGGCUUGUCUGACGUUAAGGAGAGGAUACUGGAAUUUAUUGCCGUUGGAAAGCUGCGGGGAACAGCUCAAGGAAAAAUUGUUUGUCUAUCUGGCCCACCUGGAGUGGGGAAAACUAGCAUUGGGCGUUCCAUAGCGCGUGCUUUGAAUCGCAAGUUCUAUCGAUUUUCAGUUGGAGGACUAUCUGACGUUGCUGAGAUUAAGGGUCAUCGUCGGACUUAUAUUGGAGCUAUGCCUGGAAAGUUGGUGCAGUGUUUAAAAAGUGUGGGAACAGCUAACCCUUUUGUGUUAAUAGAUGAAAUUGAUAAGUUGGGUAGAGGACAUGCUGGUGAUCCAGCAAGUGCUAUGCUGGAGCUUCUUGACCCUGAACAAAAUGCAAAUUUUCUGGAUCACUAUCUUGAUGUCCCAAUUGAUCUGUCAAAGGUUUUGUUUUUCUGCACAGCUAAUGUGAUAGAAAAUAUUCCUGCCCCUCUUUUGGAUCGAAUGGAAGUGAUUUCAAUCGCAGGAUAUAUUACCGAUGAGAAAUUGCGCAUUGCUCGUGACUAUUUGGAAAAGACCACCCGUGAAGCAUGUGGUAUCAAGCCUGAACAGGUUGAGUUCACCGAUGGAGCCCUUCUUUCUCUGAUUGAGAAUUACUGUAGGGAAGCUGGGGUCCGGAACCUUCAGAAACAAAUUGAAAAAAUUUACCGAAAGAUUGCUCUUCAACUUGUGAGACUAAGUGCUGCAAACGAGUCCUUGUCGCUUGCUUCUGACGAGUCUAAAGCUGAUUGCUUUGUUGACUCAAGUGGAAACAUGGUUCAGGAAGAAAACCAAAGUAAAGCUGAAACAGAAGAGAGAAGCCAUGAAGAUAAGUCUGAUAAGAACACCUCGGAUAAUAUAGAUUUUGAACAGGAGCACCCCCAAACAUCUAACGAUGUACUUGAUGACUCAAAGGAUACAACUGAAGUUGAUAAAGCCGAGGAACCGAAGGUGAUUGAGAAAGUGAUGGUCUCUCAAUCAAACCUGACUGAUUUUGUUGGGAAGCCUAUUUUUCAUGCAGAGCGUAUCUAUGAUAAGACCCCUACUGGAGUUGUGAUGGGUCUAGCAUGGACUGCAAUGGGAGGUUCAACUCUCUACAUAGAGACAACCAGCGUUGAGCAAGGAGAAGGAAAAGGGGCUCUUAAUCUGACUGGACAACUUGGAGAUGUUAUGAAGGAAAGUGCACAAAUUGCCCUCACAGUUGCCCGAGGUAUUCUACUUGAGAAGGAGCCACAAAGCAACUUCUUUGCCGAUUCCAAGGUUCAUCUCCAUGUUCCUGCUGGAGCCACUCCCAAAGAUGGGCCUAGUGCUGGGUGCACUAUGAUUACUUCACUGCUCUCUCUCGCAAUGAAGAGACCUGUUAAGAAGGACUUGGCAAUGACUGGGGAGGUAACACUCACUGGGAAGAUACUUCCAAUUGGCGGGGUAAAGGAGAAGACAAUAGCAGCUAAGAGGAGUGGAGUAAAGACCAUAGUUUUUCCUGCUGCUAACCGAAGGGACUUUGACGAGCUUUCCUCAAACGUGAAAGAAGGGCUAGACGUCCACUUUGUAGAGGAAUACAGAGAAAUAUACGAUCUAGCAUUUAGCGAGGACUGAGGAUAACAUUGCACAACAUUGGUAAAAAAAAAGAACAUUUUCUCAUUUUCAAGAAACAAAGAACUCUCACAUCUGAUGUUUGAAGGCUGAAUCCACUUUCAGGUUGUUUUCGUUUGUGGGUGUGCGAAAAAAGGAAGGUGGAAAGCGUAUGACAUAAUUUUCGUGUCAAUCAUGGAUAUUCAACUUUUGAUUUCUAGUACUUGUACAUUUUUUCUGUAACAUUGUGGUACUACAGCUCAGGGGAUAGUAAUCAUUCUUUUACAUCGAUGUACCAAUAGCAUCCGAAAUAACAUGAAUUUUUGUCAGAAAUAUAAAAGGGAAGAGUUCGAAAUUUCAAAGGAACAUAUUUCCCAUUACUUCAUGAUGGUUAGAUUUUUCAACUCUGUACAAUGCUUGAAUUGACAGGGGAAAUGGAUUUUGUUGUCUCUUUUUGAUUUGAGAGGGUUGAUAAUAACCCUGUAACUCUGUAAGUAUAUUUCUAUAUUCGAAUGAAAAUAUUUCCCAAGCUUGUUUCA